AUGUCUCCAGACCACCCAGACCUCCAAACCCUCCGCGAAAAGCGCCUAGCCAGAUUCGACCCACGAGCAGCAGCAGUACCAAGACCCACGGCGCAAGACAGCAGCAGCAGUAGUAAGACGCCGCAGAUGAUGCGCUAUGUCCAUAACGCCCGAAAGCGGCGCUGCGGCGACGUGGAGCUGGAGCUGGAGAUGGAGCUGGAGAGGGGCGCGGCGAAGGUCGCGAGGGUUUGA